AUGGCGGCGGCGGCGGACGGAGCCGGCGCGCGGGCCCCGCUGCCGCCCGAGGCCGCGGGGCGGAGCUGCGGGGGCGCGGGGGGCGCCGAGGCCUCGGGCGGGCGCGGGCGCGCGGCGGGCGCAGUCUCUGAAGGACCAGCUGGUGAGCUGCGCCAGAGGAAGAAGCCCAAGCCUCCAGAGCAGAAGGACGCCACCAAGGAGGAGAGCGCCCCGGCCGACAGAGCACCCAAGCACGUGCUGUUCCAACGCUUCACCAAGAUCCUCAUCGGCUGCCUGGCCGCCGUCACGAGCGGCAUGAUGUACGCGCUGUACCUGUCCGCCUACCACGAGCGCAAGUUCUGGUUCUCCAACCGGCAGGACCUGGAGCGGGAGGUCACCUUCCAGGGCGACAGCGCCGUCUACUAUUCCUACUACAAGGACCUGGUGAAGGCGCCGUCCUUCGAGAGAGGCGUGUAUGAGCUGAUGCACAACAACCGGACCGUGUCCCUGAAGACCAUCAACGCCAUGCAGCAGCUGUCCCUGUACCCCGAGCUCAUCGCCAGCGCGCUCUACCAGGCCACGGGCAGCAGCGAGGUGGUGGAGCCCGUGUACUUCUACAUCGGCAUCGUGUUCGGCCUGCAGGGGAUCUACGUGACGGCCCUGUUUGUCACCAGCUGGCUCCUGAGCGGCACGUGGCUGGCGGGGAUGCUCACGGUCGCCUGGUUCAUCAUCAACAGGGUAGAUACCACCAGAAUCGAUUACUCCAUUCCUCUGAGGGAAAACUGGGCACUGCCGUAUUUUGCGUGCCAAGUCGCCGCACUGACGGGCUACUUGAAAAGCAGCUUAAACAGUUACGGGGAGAGGUUCUGCUACCUGCUGAUGAGCGCGUCCACCUACACGUUCAUGGCCAUGUGGGAGUACAGCCACUACCUGCUGUUCCUGCAGGCCGUCUCGCUCUUCCUGCUCGAGAGCGCCUCCCUGCGCCAGAGCGACAAGGUCCAGGACGUGUACAAGAUCUACAUGUUCUCGCUCUUCCUGGGCUACCUGCUGCAGUUCGAGAACUCAGCCCUGCUGGUGUCCCCCCUGCUGAGCCUCGUGGCCGCCUUGACGCUCGCCAAGUGCCUUCAGCUGAAUGUGAAGAAAGGAACAUUCAUCGCCAAGAUCAUGAGCCUGAUCCACUUCUACCUGGUGUGUGCCCUGACGGUGGCCGUGCACGUCCUCCUGAAGACUUUCGUGCCACACAAGGAGAAUGGGCACAUGCUGCGCUUUCUGGAAGUCAAGUUCGGACUGAACCUGACCAGGAACUUCACCAUGAACUGGCUCCUGUGCCAGGAGGCCCUGCAGGCGCCGUCCCAGGACUUCUUCGUGCGGCUGACACAGUCCUCCCUGCUGCCCUUCUACGUGCUCGUGUUGGUCAUUUGCUUCCUCUCCAUGGUGCAGGUCAUCCUUCGGAGGCUCAGGGGCGAGUCGCUGAGGGAGAGCGCAGCCCUGGAGGACGGGCGGAUUGGAGAGAGGCCUGAAAUCAUCUACCACGUGACCCACACCCUCCUCCUGGGCUCGCUUGCGAUGGUCAUCGAAGGCCUGAAGUUCCUGUGGACGCCCUACGUGUGCAUGCUGGCCGCGGCCGGCGUGUGCUCCCCGCAGCUCUGGACCACGCUCUUCAAGUGGCUGCGGGUGCGAACUGUCCACCCGGUCCUGCUGGCGCUUAUUCUGAGCAUGGCCGUGCCCACCAUCAUCGGCGUCAGCUUGUGGAAAGAGUUUUUUCCGAGGCUAAUGACGGAGUUGAUGGAGCUUCAAGAAUUCUACGAGCCUGACACGGUGGAGCUCAUGACCUGGAUCAAGAGGCAGGCCCCGGUCGCCGCCGUGUUUGCGGGCAGCCCCCAGCUGAUGGCCGCCAUCCGACUGUGCACCGGCUGGAUGGUGACCAGCCUGCCACUGUACAGCGACGAGGACCUGCUCAGGAGGAACGAGAACAUUUAUCAGAUCUAUUCCAAACGCUCUGCUGAGGACAUUUAUAAAAUCCUGACCUCUUACAAGGCAAAUUACCUCAUUGUAGAGGACGCUAUCUGCAACGAGGUGGGGACCACCAGGGGCUGUCGGGUGAAGGAUCUCUUGGACAUCGCAAAUGGCCAUGUCGUCUGCGAGGAAGGUGACAAGCUGACCUACUCCAAGCACGGGCGGUUCUGCCACGAGGUGAAGAUCAACUACUCGCCCUACGUGAACUACUUCACGCGCGUGUACUGGAACCGGUCGUACUUCGUGUACAAGAUCAACACUGUGAUAUCCUUCCAGUCCUGAGUGGGAGCGAGCCCCCUCACGGGCCGCCCGCGCCCCCCACCUGCCGCCCCGCCACUCCUUCCUUCCUGUCGCCUGGCUCGACCCUCCAGUGGCGGUGACAGUUUCCUCACAGAGCUCCACCCGGUCAGGACAUCCACCUGGAACUGGAAUCUUUUCAAAGCCGGAUUCUGCCGUGUCCCCUACUA